GCAUAAAUAAGACGUCAACGGGCCGGGAGCCAGCCUCAGGGCCUGACGGGAUUGUGGCGGUCCUCUUUCCCAACUAGGAAGCCUCCGCUACCUCCAGACGCUCUCAAGAUGGCGACCUCUCUGGGUUCCAACACCUACAACAGGCAGAACUGGGAGGAUGCGGACUUCCCCAUUCUGUGCCAGACGUGUCUCGGAGAAAAUCCGUAUAUCCGAAUGACCAAAGAGAAGUAUGGGAAGGAAUGUAAAAUCUGUGCCAGGCCAUUCACAGUGUUUCGCUGGUGCCCCGGGGUCCGCAUGCGUUUCAAGAAAACUGAAGUGUGCCAGACCUGCAGUAAAUUGAAGAAUGUCUGUCAGACCUGCCUCUUGGAUCUGGAAUAUGGCCUGCCCAUCCAGGUCCGUGACGCGGGAUUAUCUUUUAAGGAUGACAUGCCAAAGUCAGAUGUUAACAAAGAGUACUACACGCAGAAUAUGGAGAGAGAAAUUUCUAACUCUGAUGGAACGCGGCCAGUUGGCAUGUUGGGGAAAGCCACCUCCACCAGUGAUAUGUUGCUCAAGCUGGCCCGGACCACACCCUACUACAAGAGGAAUCGACCCCACAUUUGCUCCUUCUGGGUAAAAGGAGAAUGUAAAAGAGGAGAGGAGUGCCCAUACAGACAUGAGAAGCCAACAGAUCCAGAUGACCCCCUUGCUGAUCAGAACAUUAAAGACCGAUAUUAUGGAAUCAAUGAUCCUGUGGCAGAUAAGCUUCUAAAGAGGGCUUCAACAAUGCCUCGCCUGGACCCACCAGAGGACAAGACUAUCACCACGUUAUAUGUUGGUGGCCUGGGCGAUACCAUUACUGAGACUGAUCUAAGAAAUCACUUCUACCAGUUUGGGGAAAUCCGGACGAUCACUGUCGUGCAGAGACAGCAGUGUGCGUUCAUCCAGUUUGCCACGAGGCAGGCUGCAGAGGUGGCUGCCGAGAAGUCCUUUAAUAAGUUGAUUGUCAAUGGCCGCAGACUCAACGUGAAAUGGGGAAGGUCCCAAGCAGCCAGAGGAAAAGAAAAAGAGAAGGACGGAACCACAGACUCUGGAAUCAAGCUUGAGCCUGUUCCAGGACUGCCAGGAGCUCUUCCUCCUCCUCCUGCAGCAGAAGAAGAAGCUUCUGCCAACUACUUCAACCUCCCCCCCAGUGGACCUCCAGCUGUAGUGAACAUCGCACUGCCCCCGCCUCCUGGUAUUGCCCCACCCCCUCCCCCAGUUUCCAUGGUAGCUGAAUGUGUUCAGAUGUGGGCAGUCAGAGAACGACAGCCAUGCUUCCCUACACGUAUUCCAAGGAUUGAUGGACCUCAAAUAAGCUGCCAUUAACACAUCUGGUUACUGCUAUAACAUUACUAAUCAAACUUACUUCUAUGGCAAACAAGCAACUGGGUGAAUUGGAAUGUCUAACGGAGUUACCAUCCCAACUAGAUGUUCAUUUUGUAUCUUCUUUGGGGGGAGAAAAAUUGACCUGCAGUAAAAUCUUUUUGACCAUUUUUAUGUCCAUUGGGUAUUUUUCCUUUUUAUCAUCUGCAAAAAGAUUACUAUUACUAAUCAUUGUAGUGGCAUGAGUGUGAUUUAACACUUCAGAAGUCAACAUGAAAGAGACAAGUAGAAACCAGCACCCAGCACAGCCCAGAUCUUUUCUUACCUCUCCUUUCCUCAUUUAUUACUAAAGGAAUCUGGCGGAUAGUUUUACCUCUGUGCGCUACCAAAACAAGACAAAAACAAAAAUUGCUUUUUAUUCCCGUCAAUUGGAUGGAAACACAAAUGUGGAGCUGUGUAUCAUUGAAGAAAUCUGGUGUCUGGGAUGAAAUUGAAAGAGCUUCCUGUAAAACACGUGAACAAACUGUGAGCCAAAAGGCGCCUGUGCGUGUUGGAAGACCUGUGACCUGCAGCUGGGACUCACCUCUAGCCUUCACCUUUGUGUGUCUUCAGCGUCUCGUCCUCAGCCCCUGCUUCUGGCCAGGGGACUCUGUUUGGUCUUAGAAUGUUUGGAUAUAACUGAAUUGUAGAUGGUAAAAAUAAUUGGAUGUUGUGUUGUGGUUUUUUUGUUUUUAAAAAAUUAAAACGGGUCAAUUUUCCAAA